CAAACGUGUGCAGCAAAGGUGGAAAGUCCACCUGGCCUGGACACCUUGUUUGAGAGACGCAUCCACAAAGGCCACAACUGAUCUUUGGAGCAGAGAGAACUGUUGACGUUUGACAAGCGAACAUAGCGGACUUUCGCCUCUGACGAUAGUGCAACAACUGCCCCUCCCCCUUUUUUACCGUACCGUGUAGCUGUAGCAAGUUACCUUCUUAACUUUGACCAUGGCUACUAUAACAGCUCUUAAGGCUUAUGAUCUCCGUUUCCCGACCUCUCUUGAGGCGCACGGCUCGGACGCCAUGCACACGGACCCCGACUACUCGUGCGGGUACGUGGUCAUCACCACCGAUGCCGGCGACGGUCUGGAGGGCCACGGGCUCACCUUCACGUGUGGGCGGGGCACGGAGGUCGUGCUGGUCGCCAUACAGUCUCUCUCCUUCCUUCUCGUCGGGAAGAAGCUAGAGGAUAUCUACGGCAACUUCUCCGGCUUCUGGCGCGCCCUGACCAGCGAGAGUCAGAUGCGAUGGAUCGGGCCUGAGAAGGGAGUCAUCCACCUGGCCACGGCGGCCAUCGUGAACGCGCUGUGGGACCUGUGGGCUAAACGGGAGGGCAAGCCUCUGUGGAAGCUGCUGGUCGACAUGGAGCCAGAGAAGCUCGUGUCCUGCAUCGACUUCCGUUACAUCAGUGACGUCCUUACCAAGGAAGAAGCUGUGGAAAUGCUGAAGAAAAAUCAGGAAGGUAAAGCGGACAGGGAGAAGGAGAUGUUGGAGAAGGGUUACCCGGCUUACAUCACGUCAGCCGGCUGGCUGGGGUACAGCGAGGACGAGAUCCGCAGGAGGUGUCGGGAAGGACUGGCUCAGGGAUGGACCCGCUUUAAGGUCAAAGUUGGUGCUGACCUGGCUGAUGACGUGCGUCGCUGUGGGCUGAUCCGUGAGGAGAUUGGCUGGGACAACACCAUGAUGGUGGACGCCAACCAACGCUGGGACGUCCAGGAGAGCAUCGACCACAUGAAACGUCUGGCCGAGUUCAAACCGCUCUGGAUCGAGGAGCCCACGUCCCCCGACGACGCCCUGGGCCACGCAACCAUCGCCAAGGCGCUCAACCCUCUGGGGAUCGGCGUCGCCACGGGCGAGCAGUGUCAGAAUCGCGUCAUCUUCAAGCAGAUGCUGCAGGCGGGCGGGCUGCAGUUCUGUCAGAUCGACAGCUGUCGGAUGGGCGGCGUGAACGAAGUCGUGUCCGUCAUCCUGAUGGCGGCGAAGUUCGGCGUCCCCGUCUGUCCCCACGCCGGCGGGGUGGGUCUCUGCCAGAUGGUGCAGCACCUCGCCGUCUUCGACUACAUCUCGGUCUCCGCCUCCCUGGACAACCGCGUGUGCGAGUUUGCCGACCACCUCCACGAGAACUUCAAGGAGGCCAUCGUCAUCAAGAAUGCCAGCUACGUUCUGCCUAAAGCUGCGGGUUACUCCACUGAGAUGAAGCCGGAAUCUAUCCGUGAUUAUCAGUACCCCAAUGGGGCAGUGUGGCAGCAGUUGUUUAAGGAGGGCAAAUUCACGGCUCCUUAGAGGCACUCUCAACAUGCCAUUUCAAUGGAUUUGAUUGUUUUAUACGUUUACAUUCCUAAAAAAGGUCAGGAACAUUGCAAUGAUUACUUGGAAUGAUUUACAGCAAUGGCAUGACUUCAGUACAUUGAUGAGAAGAACUGUACGAGUAACAAUUUCCAACUUUGUGCCUUAAUUGAGCACCUCUGCAUACAAGUUAUUGUCUUGUCAAUUGUCCUUAUGAUUGCAUUGCUACAGUGUAUAAUGUUUCUCUGAAAAGGAUGCAAUAAAUUUGACUAUACAUGUACAUGUAUACUGAUA